CCCGUCCUCGCAUAAAACCUCCGGUUGACCACACACAGCACACAACUGAGCGUGAGCACGGAGAUCAACAAAAACAACCGCGCCUCUCGCUCUCGCCAUUGCUUCCGCCCUCCCCUCCGCCGCGUUCGUAGUUAGUAGGCCUCGUCCCCCAACACCAACAACGACAAGAUGGUGUACAACCCGCCGGUGGAGCGUGGAGAGGAUGGCGAGCCGAUCAAGGACGGAAUAGUCGCGCUCACGCACCCCGUUAACCCGAUGCGCCGCGGCGCGUACGUCGAGCAGGCGACGAGGGCGACGGGAUGGGCCGCCAUGUAUAUCCUGGGCUGGCUCCUGAUGAGGCUCUCGUGCUACGCCGGGCUACCCGGGGACUGCAACCUUCCCGACGAGCCACUUGAAGUCCUGACGGUGCUGCUGGUCUUGCUGGUGUUCUCCUUGGCACAGGCGUGGUUCUGCGAGAUUAUGGAGGAAAGAAGGUUCCGAGAUCUGACUUCCAAGGUCUACUUCCCCAUCUUCUUGGUCGGAGCGGCCCUUGCUCUGUCGGGGCUCUCGCGGGCAGAGUCCCUCCGCAACUCCCUGCAGGAGGAGAGGAGAGACCUGUCAACCUUCCAAGUGACGAUCUUCAUCAUCCUCCUCAUCAUCACGGUGGUCGUCUUGCUGCUGCACUUCGCCGAGGCGUGGAAGGUCCUCCCGGGCGCUCACCUCAUCUCCGGCAUCGGGGUGCCCCGUGUGGAGGUGCGGGAGGACCUCCUGUCGAUAUACGUGGCCUCGCGGAUGCUGAUCCUGGCGUACUUCAUCCUGUACGCGGCAUUCUCGGUGGCGAGGGACGACGGCUGGGGCUACCAGCUCUACCUGCUCGCCUGGGUGCUCUCCCUCUUCGCGCAGUUCAAGUCGUUCGUCAGCGUUUUCUGGCUGGCGGUCACGACGGGCGUGUUUUUGCAGGGCAUCGGGGCGUACGGGAUCGCUUUCUUGUGCGACGAGCGGGUACAAUGACGUCAUUCAUUUGAAGCGGCUGCUGUUGUAUCAAACGAGAUCUCGAUCAACUCUGUUGUACCUGCCUGGGAGUGUUGCGACGGGAGAAGGUGGCAACCGCCGAUGACCGACAACGAUCAGGCUGGGGGGUUGGAUCUGCGUGCGUCGCUCGAUGUCCAUCCGUGAUGUUGCACGUGCUUGGCCAAUUGGGGAAGAAAGUGGACAUGUAUCGCACGACGACGCCGUGUCGUUUUAUCAUGUUGCGCUUGAGAGAGAUUGCGAUGAACACCGGCGGGGAACGUGGCAACGCGGCGAGGGGGUGGGGGGGACACGCGCGCUGAACCCCUUUACGCCAUACCCCCGACGAUGAUAUAGAUGUCCCGAACAUGGAUGCCCGAUCGGCCUUUAGAGAUACCCUGGAUGUCCCGAAGAUGAAAGCCCGAUCGGCUUGUAGAGAAUACCGACGGAUUGUCCCUUGCGGGUGGGGUUUCUUUGCUCUAUCGAGAUUCGGGGGGCGGGGGGCGGCGCAGGAUCUGUUUGCUCGGGGGGGGUCGCAGGAUCAUGUUUUCUCGAUGCUCGUUGUAUCUCGGGGCGAGUGGGACGGAGGGCUGUAGGGCUACCUUUGUUUGCUUCAAGCCAAGGUUACGCCGCCCGGUGCAAUUUAAUUUAGUCCGACGAACUAGGUGGUAGCCCGUGGGAUUAUCAUUGCUCGUCGUAUGUGUUCGUACCGCGCGCACUUUUUCUGUCUCUGUGCAUAGUCUACAUGGUGGCUGUUGGUUGUUCGGCACCUUUUUUUGGCUGACGCGGGGGGGUGUUGCAAGAAAAAAACAUGGCCAGAUCGAUCGUCUGCGUGCUGCUUGGAGAAGGACGAACGUGAACAGACACCAAAACAUUGCAGGGGGAUGGAUGCUGCGGCGCACCUACUAAUAGACAUGCAUGUCAAUAUACCAACAAGGGUACACGACAAGAGUAGUACGCCCCUUUUGUGUGUUAAGAUUGAUUGAUUGAUUUCGAUGGGUGUGCUCUCCAUGUCGUGGUGUGCCGAGACCAGCCGCAAUUCUGUUUUUGUGGCGGGGGGGGGAGUUGGUGGGAACGGGGUUUGGGCGAGAGGGACAACAUGUGAUGAUUUGCUUGUGUGAUGCUGUAUCGUUGGUGUUGUGGACUUCGCUGGUGCGUGGUUUAUUCGUGUGGUGGUUGUUGGUUGGUGUUUUUGUGUCAAAUUCUUUCUUCGUACAUAAUACUUCCAUUACACUGACGCGGUGCAGAGAACGAAAGGCGUUCGCUUUUCGACUGAUAGUAGUGACCACGUCAUUUGUUUUCUGUGGACAGAAUCAAUCUUCGUCGAACGAACGGACUGACGCAGCGGAAUAGUGCGGACCAGCCUUGACGCCAUUCCGAUGUGUGUGCGGGGGGGCUCGGGGAUUGGGAUCGGCGGGNGGGGGGGGGGGGGGGGGGGGGGGGGGGGGGGGGGGGGGGGGGGUGUUCCUCGUGUUGCCGCUUUUCGUAGAAGUUGACUUAUUAUUUUGUGCGGGAGGGGCGGGGGCGGGCAAAGGAUGAUGGCCUUCUUUUGCUGUGGGUUCUGUGCCGGUCUCGUCCCGGCGCACAAUAGUAUCAACGGUUGCGGUGGUGUUUCGAGCCGUUGGUUGCGGUGGUGGCGAAUGAACACAUUAUUAUUCACGCACGUGUGGACAUGCAAGGUGUGUCCCGUCAUUUUGACGCCCUAUGAUGGUGACAGAAUUUUCAUUCAUACAACAGCUGGUCGGCCCCUCUGCACUUGCUUUCAUGUUACGCGAGUUGGUUGUUUUCCUUCUUGUGUAGUUGGGGGCUGCUUGGUCUGCGCGUGCUUGACGGCUGACAGACAGACGGCCGACAGAUAAAAAAAUAGCGUCUUCCGAUAUCGAAUUGCCGUUUCAACACAGGUGUGCCUCACACGGAAUUCAGUGUUUGACAAUCAUGGUACAAUAAGUAGGCCAAGUUAUGCGUGGCGU